AACACUACAAUUUUCUUUUGCCAUUCAUAAUAAUUAUAGUCAUCAAAGUAUGAAAUAAUAAGGUGGUUUUCUUUAUAGUUUGAAUACGGGAUGAAAACAUUAAAACAUCUGGCUGUAGUAUUCGUAGCUACAUUUACUCUUGUAUUCCAAGUAAAAUGUCAGCCGCAGAGCCUCCAAGCCUAUCAGUCCACGUCAGCUUGUUCCGGCUCGUAUUCGGAAGAAACCAACAUGAAUGCAACAUGUAAUGAUGGACACGUCAUAGCUAUUGGUGAUCUCACGGUGGGUGCCAAACCAGACUCUGCUGGCUGUCCUGCAUCUUAUAAUGCAUCAUAUAACUUCUCUCUCUGCUGCACUUACAACCAGAAUACUGACUGUGUAUUUCCGUUAUUUGCCGGAAAUACGCUGUAUCACGAGAACUGCAAUGGGGUGUCGACCUGUUAUAGACAAGUUCAGGGACAACGCAUCGGUGACAACUGUGCUUCCACUAUAAAUGGAAAUUUUAGCGAACCCCUCAGUCAUUUUAUGUUCAUGGAGUUCUUCUGUAUAGAAGAAGAUAAAAUGGUCGACAUGUGUUCAGGGCCGACUACUCUUACUAGAGAGAAUACCGAGCUAUACAUUUGGAACAGAGAUUUUCCUUCCUCUUCCAUCCGGCCGACAGAUACAAAUUGCAACUGUUCUGUUGAGAUAGACAACUGUCAAUCAGGAAUAUCCAUUUACAACAUAUACAGACAACUUACUGUGACCGGCGCUGGUACAUGCAACCGAACGUUACGAGUUGGUGAUUUUGAAAACAAUACAAUCCUGUUUGCGUGGACAUGUGAUGACGAUACGCUUGAUUUUGAAAGCAACACUGUCCAAAACACAUACAUAUUAAUUAAUUUCGAGAAUCAACGUAAUGAAACGGAUGGAAAGUUUUGGCUCGGAUUUGGAGCAACCGCAGAAUCUAAUAUCACAGUCAGCUGUCCACCUACAGCACAGCAGUACUGUCAGCAGACAACUUCAACAACAACUUCAACAACCACGGUAACCACGGUAACCAUGACAACCAUGAAUAUGACAACAACUACAGAGACGGAAUCUUCAUCUUCCACAACUACUUCAACUGAGCCUCCAACCACACCUACAACGGCAGCAAAAAAUGAAACAACUGCCGCCGGAGUGACGUCGUCAGACCAGAAAGAUAAUAACUUACUGGCGGCAGUGAUUGUUCUGGGAGUGCUGGUGGUUCUGUUGUUGAUUGUAAUUGUCGUACUGUCGUGUUGUCUCUACAGAAGAUGCUGCAAUAAAACAUAAGACGAUGUAGAAAAAGGUU